AUGAUUUCUGGUUUUUCCACUAUUGCUACUACAGUUGUCAUUCUAUUGUGCAUCACUGUAGCUCAAGGUACUGACUGCUCUGCUCUGGCCAGUGCUGGUAACUGCAGUUUCUAUGAUUGCUUGAGUGCUAAAUUCAGUUGUGGACAAAGGGGUUAUCCUCUUUUCCGUGGAAGACGUUAUUGUUGCAGAUUCAUGAACCAAUCAGAGUCCUUUACAACAGCAGGUCAAGCAUGGAUUACUAAUGUUCAUAAAUGUUUGAUGCAGUCUAUUGUCAACAGUGCUCUCUAUAAUGAUGCAAAUACUCAUUGUAGUGAGUUUGGAAAUCUUGAAUUUGAAAAUCGUCCUAAAUGUUACAUUGAUAAUGGGUUCUGUACAAAUAUAUUCUUAUCGGAUCAAUGUCAGAACUUUAAUCAAAUUGAAA